UGUGGUUUGGUGUGGUUAGUUCAGCCAGGUUCAGCAAUAGAAAACAAAUCUGUUGAGUGAAUUUGUCAUUCUUUACUCACGUCUCAGGUCUUAGCAAUCUCAGAUCUCAGCAUUCGUCAGUAAUCAUAAUAGUAAUCUUGUGACUGUCUUAUCAAGUUGUAUUUACGUGGUUAUCAAUCAAGCAUGCAUUUAACCUAAACACCCACCGAUAGAUAGGUGGAAGAUCAAUUAUGCGUCGUCUUGCAUGGAACAGAUGGAUUCACAAAUGAAAUCGAGCAGAUCUUUACCGCCGUUAGUUGAAGGUAAGAUUCACGGCAGUCUAAGGCUCGUUAUCAAUGAGAUCCUAUGGGUCAGAAGAAGUCCCGGAGAUAUUAUGGUAGUGGCCUCCUGGUGGGGUGAACAUGAUAACGCGCAGUUCAGGCCAAGAGAUAGUACCACAGGAACAGAAAGAACAAUUGAUGAUAUAACUAAAGUGUAUGAUAUAAAAACUACUGCAACACUGUUUGAAGAUUAUAUUAAAAACUGUGACACAAUAGAACUAGUAAUUAUUGCAGAAAAUACCCAUGAUAUUAUUGGUAGAGGACAUAUAGGAGAAUUGUCUAAGAUAUUUUCAUGUAAAUAUUAUUCUCAAUUUAUUCCGAUAUUAAAUAACAAUGGUCAUAAAAUAGGAAAACUACAUGUUUCUUUGCAAUUGACAUAUUUAACAAAGCAUUCAAACAUACAAUCAAAAACACACAAAUACGAUAAGAAGGAAGAUAGAGAUAUUUUAUUAUUUGCUAUUGAUAAUUUACAAUGUAAUGAGAAGAUGCCAGUAAAAUCUUACAACAAUGUGGUGAACACUGAAGAAAAGAAAUCUAUGAAAUCUGAACAGAUUGAUACAUACAAUAGAUAUAGAUCUAUUCUUAAGACCAAGCGAUUAGAGUUUCAAGAAUCUAGGAAAAAAAUGAAUGAAAUGGUAACAGACAAAUUAGUUGUGCAAAUCGUUGCUAGAGCGCAGCAUCUUAGAGAAGCGAUAUUAAAGGAGACUUAUAAAGAAGAUUCUUUAACUCUGAGUGAUAAUUCAUUGAGCAAUGGAGCGUCUUCUAAUGCUUCAGUAGAAAACAAAACAAAACUUUAUAAGUAUAUUUUGGGGAUGGGAAUGACUCCUUCAGAGGAAAAGAAAGUUUUAAAUACGUUGAGGUCAAUACCUCCAAAUUUAAGUUUGAUAGAUCUGACAUCUAAAAUAAUUACAACUGGUAAAGACGAUAAUAUGAGUACCGGAUGGAAUAAAAAUUUCUCUGUAAAAUUAGACAACCCUAAAAAACAUGCAUUGGAUAAAAAUGCAACUUAUAUUGGGUUGGAAGAGGCAUAUCUUCUAGAUUAUGUAAACAGUAUUAGAAUUUUUAUCGAGUCCUUCAUAUUGACACCUGCGGGAUAUAGACGUGCAAAAUCUACAUGCUUGCAAUAUGAUGUACCAUUGUCACUGACAUAUUUUAUUCAAUAUGAUACGACAUUUGGAUCUAUAAGGCAAAUAAGUAGCAAAUCUAGUAAAGAAACUAAAUUUAUAAGAACGUGUGCUAAAAAACAAGUGGGUCAAGUUGUUAACUUUAACUCUGAAGGUAUUUAUAGUAUAUCAAGACAUAAUAUAAAAAAAAAUCUUCCUUUGAAAUUUAAAGUUUUUGUGAAACAUCGUAACCAAAAGCUUCCAACUGAAUUAGGAUUUGGUUUCAUGAAUAUCAGUGACAUUAUAAAUACUACAAACUUAAGUAGCAUCCAUUGUAUAGCUAUUGCCACGAAGGGCAUCAAAAUAGGUGAAUUAAAAGUUAUAACAGAAUUAGGUUGCGAUUUUAUUCAUUUUGGAAAAGAAUUUGUUGAUGCUGUAAUAUCUAAAAAAGAAAAUCUUCCUAUUUUGGAGAAGAAAUUUUUGACGAGCUCAAAUAAUAAUAAAUAUAAAAGUGCAACGGGGACUCAUUCCUCUAAAUCUAAUUGCAAAGUUUCGUCUGUGUCUGCCAAGCGAAUUGAGUGUUUAACUAGCAAUAGCAAUAAAGACGUAGUUAUUGCUAAAGAUAUAACACAGCACCAAGAACAAAGUUCAGAUAAUAAAAAGAUUGAUACAAGUAACCCAGAAAGUGGUACUAAAGAUAAGGUUUUACUUCACGGCUUGAUAUAUGUGGCUGAGGGUAAAGAUUUGUCGGAAUCUAAUACCUAUCUAAUAUGUAGAGCAUUUUGGCGAGAGGACAAAGCAACAAGUCAAAUUUGCAAUACAAAAAAUCCACUCUAUCAUUUUUUCCAACAAGUACCUUUAAUUCACGGUACAGAGUUAUUGGAGAGAAUCAGAAACAAUUAUAUAAUCAUAGAGGUAUAUAAUCAGAAAAAUAGUGGAACAGAUAGUUUGUUGGGAAUAGCAAAACUGCCUGUGCAUCAGUUAUACAUCGCAUAUAGAGAUCCACUUAUUUUACCUCACUUAUUAUUAUCAAAGUAUCCUGUAAUAAGUGUAGAUGGUUGGGUUAAUAUUAACGAUCCAGUAAGCGGGAAAUUUUGCGGAAAGCUGCUUGCAUUAGUCGCACUUGGUACUGCGGAACAAAUCGCACUACUAGAAGUAUCAAGAGGUCUAAGAAGUACCAACAAUAUAUUACGAACGGAUUAUAACUAUCACUGCUGUGUUCCUGACAAUACUAACAAUGCAAUAGGCGGCCAAGAGAGUAUACAGUAUAAUGUUCCUGAAGUGUCAAACCUUAGUUCCAAACAAUCCACUCGUGGCAAUACGUUCGCUUAUCACAUUUAUAAUAUGCCCGAUCAAGAUUUGACAUCUGUUGAUUACAAGACUCAAGAAAGUCAAACAGAUAUUUCAAGCUUAAAAAAUGUGAGACCGGAGAAACCGAUACAGGGAGCUGAAUCUUCGGAACACUUGGCUUUACGUACUUUGGUUGAUCAUUUGACAAAUGUAUUACAUAUUAAUAAAAUCAGUACAAACCAAUCGGCUCAAACAGAAAUGAAUCAAGUUGAUGAAAGGGAAAUACAUAGAGAAUUAUGCUUGAAUACACUAAAUAGUAAUAGUCUCACUGAUGAUAACGAUAGUUGUAAUCCGAAAAAUGAUUUUCGAUUACCUACGGAAAUGUACAGAAGUGUCGGUGUCGGUGCUGAAUAUGACGAAGACUUAGAUCAACAGCAAAAUAACACUUAUAAUCUUUCAAACUCAUCUUUAAUGGAAAGAAAUGCACAAAAAGUAGAAUUAAAUAUGAAUUGCAAUAGUUCUUUUUUCCGAUCUGUUGUUGAAAUUGAAUGUGCACUGCAUUUGCCAAAGAUUGAAGGACCAAACGAAUCAAUAGAACCAAGUACAUACGUAACUUUUCAAGAUUUAACUCAUAAACUCGAUUCUACUGAUCAAUUAAAUUCAUAUAUAGCUACAAACAUAUUUCCACAUAGUUGUAAUCCGAAAUGGAAUUGGAGAUGCGAUGCAAAGCUGUCAACAGACUUACUUUUAAACAAUCAAAAAAGAUUAAUUCUCAAAGUGUGGCAUUUGAUUGAUCCAGAUGUAUCUAAAGACAUAAAUUUAAGAAAAGAUAUUGUGAUAGGUUUUUCCGCGAUUGAUCUCUCGGUUCUGAUGACUGGAUUUCCCACGGUAUCUGGAUGGUUUCAUAUCAUGGAUUUUACUGGAAAAUGCAAUGGACAAAUUAAAAUAAGUAUAACACCUCUGGAUAAUUUAUCAUCAUUAGGAAAAUUUGCACCAACUAACACUACUAAUUUAUCAAGGCAAAGUAAUUUAUCGCAGACAAACUGCCCACAUCUGUAUAAUGCGCCUUGCACUAAUACAGAAUUAAAUGGUGCACAUCAAAUAUCAUAUGCAAGCCAAAAUAAUGACAAAUAUGUACAAAAUGAUUGUAAGUUAAAUGUAGAUAUUGGACAUAAUCUAGAAGACAUUUCUAUGUCUUUCUUAUCAUCGUCUUUGAAGCAAAAAUUAACCGAAUUAGACGAAAUCACAAAACGUUUGCAGUCACGACUGCAUGAUGUCACAAACACAGCUUUUGAAGAUGAAUUUGAUAAUGAUUUUGAUAUAAUCGAGCCAAACAGUGACAAUGAAAAUACUAAUGACAGAAACAUUGAGAUGGCACGGUAUCCACAAUCCACAGUCUCUGAAUACUCUAAUAAUGAAACGUCACAAAUGCCAAAACAAUGUGAAAUACAGAACGAUCAAAAUGUCAUAAAUGACGAAAGGCAAACUUCUUCCAUUAUAAGCAGCAAUAGUAAUCUACAUUUUGAACCAGCGUCUAAUAAAAAUAGAGCUAUAAGUUCCGAAGCGACUGAUACCGGAUAUUGUUCAAGUUCCAAUAUACGUUUCAGUCAACAUCCUGGCUAUUAUUCCAAUCAGUAUCAAAAUCGAUAUAGCUCAAUGCACAAUUAUUUAUCGGACAGUAAUACAGAAUAUCCCGUGCGAGGUACCAAAACACAUAUAAAUCAUUUGCUUGACAAGCUUUCUUUGGACUUGCCACCUAGAUCAUGUUCAGAAGCAGCCAUACCAAUAAGAAAAAACAUUCUAGAGUUAUUUGCGAGUUUACGGGAACAUAGAAAUAACUCGCAAGACAAAGAAAAAAACGGUCGUGACAUUAAUACCUACACGGUGCUCACACAAACUGAUAAUAACCAACACGCUCACUCUCAUACGACAAAUUUUAUUACUUCUAAAACAACCGUUGGGGAAAGCAUUUCCGUCGAAUCGCCUCAUAACAGAAUAUCGACGGUAAUACGUGAGGAGCUAGUCGCGGAAGAAAAUAACGACAGUACAAACUGUGAUGAAUUAACAACUUAUUUAAUAACUUCUAACGUACGCCAUACGGAUUUGGAUAACAUAUUUAAUCCGCUUUUAUAUCAACAUUUGAUGCCAGAUUUGCAAGUUGCAGCUGCUGUAUCACCGGAAGGAGACGCUGUGGAACAACUAGAUAAUCGAUACGCGAGAAGUUUCGAUAUAGCAAUGUGCAACAGUAAUCUCAAUCAUUCAAAUGAAAAUAAUGCUCUAUUUCAAAAUAAUGCACAACUGAAAGAUCGGGCACGUGCUUUAGAAUUUGAUAAAAAAAAGGAAGUUUUCGAUUUAACAUCUUCAAGUAUAUCAGAAAAUGUCGAUAAUAGUAUUGACAUGACCGUCAUUUAUAAAUCUAGCGAAAAGGAUUUAAGAUCAGCUAAUAGUAUGGAAUCGACCGCUAUUCCAUCACUCAAUGGCUCGUCUGUACAAGCCGAGGUCGAAAUAAAAGACUAUUCCAUCUUAUCUGAAUUAUCUGUACCUGGAGUGUCGAGACAAGCACCUGAGGGUGGAAAUCCCAUAGAGGAAGUCAAGACAUCCUCAGUGGCAAAGAGGCAAAAUGAUACCCAAGAUGUAUCAGCAGACAACUAAAUACUCUUAAAUAUUUACGAGAUUUGUAAUAAAUUAGAAUAUGGACAAAUUAUAUAUAUUUAUAAGUGCAUUUUUUAAUAAUAUGACAUAAUUGUACGUUCUUUACAGUUACACCAAGCUAAAUUUUGAAAUAGAUAUUAAUGUCAAUGUUAUUAUGAAAUAUUUUAAUCAGGUUUUUUAUUGAAAAAUGUAAUACGUUGGUAAUAUUUUUUUGCUUGAAAAUCUCACGUUUAAUCUGAACAUCUUAUUUCAACUAUUUGAAACUAAAGUAUACUUACAUUAACUGGUAUACUUUAACUUAAUUUAAAUUUUAUUUAUCAUACAUACUUUUUUAGAAGUAAAUAUAAUCUUAUUCCGAAGUAACUCAGAACUUCUACUGACUGAUGACCGUUGUAUACGUAAUAAUAAUGUAAGAUAAAUAUUGAUGUGUCAAGAGUUUUACUAUCCCGGAUAUUUAAACUGCUAUAUAUGUUAUUUGAAAUAUUUACUAUACACGUAUUAUCGUACACAUAUUUUUAUAUAAUCUUUGUGUAUAUAUAGUGCCUAAAUAUAUAGAUUUACAAAAAUGCAAUGUAUAAACAUUAAGAAUAAAAUAAAUCCAAUCCA